AUGCGGUCAUUCUUCAAGAGGCCUUCCUGGGCAAGCAAAGGAGACGAGCCAGUGACUUCUGACUUCUACCGUCGUGCUGGACAAAUUUACGAUGAUAUCAUCAUUACAAACAGAGAGGCUCGGGAGAGAUCUAAUUGCGGUAACAAGUCUGCAGCUGAAGAUGGCAGGGCAAGAAAACGCCGUCAUGUGCUGGAUGAUGGGAACUCCGAGGAAAGCAAGUCCCUGGGCCUUGACGGUAGUCUCAAGUACAAUCUCGAAUCGAUGAGUCAACAAGAGUGUGCACCUCCAAAGUUGAAACCUUCUCACUGCAGCACUCCAGCGGAGGAGAGCAAGGACAGCGGACCACAGGAACCGGCAACGGCAUCUUCAGGUGGUUUAGACACGAUUAGCGGAAAUGUGUAUCCAGAUCGUGACUCCGAACCUACUUUACUUACAUCAGUCCGGCGCCGCAAAACGAGCUUUGAUGACUCUUCUCAAUCUAAAACGGAAAGAAAGAGCAAGGGCAUGAGUGUCGAUGGGCGCCUGGAUAAUCUGGAGGAAGAACGAUGCCAGGGGAAGGCCCCAGGCACUGACAUGCAACAAUAUCCGGACUCCAGAAAAGAAGAUGUUACUGUGCAAAUCCUUAUUACCUCGCCCAUUGAGAACACAAAACCGCUUAUCGUUCAUAGAAAAAUGUCACAAUCCUUGAGGGACGUACGUCUAGCUUGGUGCAAUCGUCAAAAUCUACCAACUACACUGCAGGCGUCUAUAUAUCUGACCUGGAAGGGCAGGAGAUUAUUUGAUGUCACAACGUGCAGAAGCCUCGGACUUGAUAUCAGCGAAAUACCGCCUGAUGAUGAGGACAUCGACAAGUAUUCACAAAUGGAUGCAAAACCCAUGCGUAUCCAUAUGGAGGCUGUAACAGACAAGCUUGUUGCCUCGGAUGCUCAACGACUUUCGCCUGCACUUGGUUCGCAACCGACCCUGAACGAGGGCUCGGAUCCAAGACCUUUGAUCAGGCUUGUCUUGAAGUGCCCAGGGUUUGAUAAGUUCGAAACAAGUGUUGCUUCGAAUCGGCCCAUUUCUCAGGUUAUUGCCGCAUUCCGGCAGGCAAAGCGCAUACCUUCAGAGCGAAAGAUUCAUCUGGUGUUUGACGGUGAUCAUCUGAGCCCUAGUGCAUGUUUUGCGGACUAUGACAUAACAGAUGAUGAUUUGUUAGAUGUUUUAAUCAAGUGA